AUGGCUCCUCAGGUACACAACCACACAGCUGCUACACAAACAGCAAGAAAUCGCGUCGAGCAUUUCAGCAACCACUUACCACCGUACCCUGUGCAAGCCCGGCACAACGUGAUUGGGUCACAAAUACAGCACGUGGUCGGCUCUCCUGCCAUGCUGCAUCACCAAACUGGUCUUCCCCCGAGACAGGCACCGACACCUUGGCAUAGUCCUGCUCAUGCAACAGUGUCUCUUCCGCCAUUCAGUUGUUUCGCUGAAGUUGCCGAUCAGUCGAACUUGCACUAUAUGCGGUCUCCUUCGGUCGGGUCGGAGUACAUCCCGGUACCGCUCAUCAAGAUGGAGUCGACUUACAACUCACCUCCUGAGUCUGUGGUUUCCUUGAGCCGGUCUGGGUCUGUCUCACCCACCAUCUCCGCAGCUACUCUCUCCAGUUGCAAUACCACGAAGCGACGUGCCCCACUUCCUUCAAGAUCUCGAAUCGAGAAGAAGACCAAGUGCACAAAACGGAAGGAUAUGUCGGCCAUGGCUGAAGCGCUGGACGAGAGUAUCAACCGACGCGUUGAUGAAGUCCACCGUCCUUACCGAGAUGGCAACAUUCCCGGUACCGCUUCAAGCCGAGUCAACGCUAGCCAGUCGUUCCCUCGGUUUGACCAUGCGCAUAUCCCUCGUGGAGCCAAACGUGCCAAGUCAACGACUGGAAGCAGCGACCCAAGUACUAGACACAAUGUCGCUCAAACCUACCUUCGAGCUGAGAAGGGAGGGUCCAGGAUGACACUUCAGCGUCUUCUUGUGAAUGGCAUCAAUUGGAGAGGUCAAAAGCUUCAGACCAAGGUCAAUGCAAGAAGCAGUGGUAUGCUGUACGAGGAGAAGGAACUCCUCCAAGCCAGUACACAGUUCAACGCAUUCGCCAUCCUCAUUUUGCAACAGCUUUUUGGACCAGAAGGCAUGCAGCACAUUGGCAGUAUACUUGAGUGUUUCGAGCCCGAAGAGGUGCAUCCUAUGCAGGUGGCGAGGGAUCCGCAAGACGACGACAAGACGUAUGAAUUCAAGCGUCAGGCAGCAAGGGUCGAGGUGAUUGCAGAGGCAUCACAGCCGCUUGGUUUGAAGAACGUGCAGAGCAUGGACGAGCUUCUCCACAUCAUCGAGGAGAAAGUGAUGCCUAUCGCCAACAACAUCGGCAAACAGGUACUGCACCAAAUGUGCUACAGACCUAGGGAAUCUCAGGCCAAGUUUUGA